GGAGGGUUGAAAGACUAAAACACGAAAGGCAUGGAAUCUCGGUGGGUGCAGCGAUCAGACUAAGAAAGCAGGAAAGGAGACAUUGCGAGAUGGUCCGGCGAAUGACGUUCUGGGCGGAUAGACCUCGUGGGAUCCUGCCACCAAGAAUAUCAGAGGGCAGGGUCGAAAUAAGCCUGCCGGCAAGAAAUACGAUAGGCAAUCCGGUAAUGGACUGGGUGGGGGUAGAGUUGGUGGAAGAUACGGUGUACCUAGUUAUGGAGCUGGAAUGGCGUGCGAGAGGGGAGUUCGGGGAUAUGGACUUGAACCUCCCAGGGCGUGUACGUGCGACGGGAUCCUUACACCUGUCGGAAGAGGGAUGGCGGACCUUUAGGAUUGCUUUGGCUUCCGGGGAUGACCCCAUACGAAUGUUCGAAGGGGCAUGGCAAAUAACAUGGCGGGAGGGGUUUGAGUUUGCAGACCCGGAACGAGAUGACGUAACGGCGGAGGUAAAAGUCGACGCGGCAGGGGUUUUGGAGCUGCCAAAUGAGGUCGUACGGAUGAGUCUGCCACCCUUCCUCCUAAGACGAAUGGGAGGCAUAGAACGAGUGGAGCAGGCGGUGACUGACGUAACUAGGCUAAAUUUUAACGAAGCAUUAAUGUAUCGGGAAUACUAUCGGGCCUUCCUGGAGAUGGGGCCUUUCAGGGACGAACAAGGGCACGAGGUGCUUUGCAUUCUACGAGCAUCUAUGAAUACUAGGCCAGGAGUCCCGCAAAUAAGUGAUGAGACCAUGUGGAGAUUCAUCCGGCGAGAGGUAGGUCGGGGCGCGACCUACAUAGAUGAUCUCUACCGGUUGAAGCCGGAUCCGGCAAAGACCGACAAGAUAUCACAGUGGCUGACACCACUGCGCACGACGACGAAGGUAAGGGCAUUCCUAGGCGUAGUCGGCUUUUGGAGGAUCUUCAUUCAGAACUUUGCCAAGAUUGAUGAGCCUAUCCGGGCUAUGAUCAGGGAAGAAGGGACCAUGGAUUGGACGGAGGAGCGAGAAGGAGUUGUCCAAAGGCUCAAGGACAUAUUGACAUCUGAGACAGUCGCCCUGUCCGCGCCUUGUUUUAAUGACGAGGUGGGACGACCCUUUAUCCUAGAGACGGAUGGAGGACCUUUGGCCGUAGGAGGUGUGUUGAUUCAAAGGGAUGAGGAAGGAAAAGAGAGGCCAAUUAGGUUCGAAAGUAGAACCCUGAACUCCGCAGAACGGCGGUACUCGCAAUUCAAGAAGGAAGUCCUAGCCAUCCUGCAUUGCCUUAAGACCUUCCAGGCCUACCUAUUUGGGAGGCGGUUCAUCUUAAGGAUCGAUCCGACGAAUGUUGCAGGGGAUCUAAAGAACUACAGGCCUAUAGAUCCGACGGUAGGGAGAUGGGUAGGAUUUAUCUGGCAGUUCGAUUACAAUAUCGAACGGAUUGCUGGAAUCCGCAACAAGGCAGAUGGGAUAAGUCGGGUUUGCACCACUCCCGAAGGGAUGGAGGAUGCAGAGCCCAUAGACGCCUUCCUCGAAUACGAAGGAGGUACUCUCGCAGUGGAUAACGAAAUGAUGAGCGAGGGAUGCACAUCGGGAGAACUAUUGAUCCAGACUUUGGAGAAGGGGGCACCUACCGUAGUAACAGGACUUAGAGAAGGACCAGUUACCACUCGAGGACGCAGAGAAGAAAAUGACUCAUGGGGAGCGAUAGUAGGACCGAAAGAGGAACUAAUGGCAAUGGCGGUAGAGGGAGGCCGGGAAGCAGUGAUGAGCUUAGUGGAAUCUUCGGAAAGGAAAGAGUUGCAAUGGGUGGUAAACCAGAUGCAGGAAGGAAAGGAUGGGGGCUAGGACGGGGAGGAGUUUUUCUACGUCCAAUCAUACGAAGGGCUCUUUCGGGAGAUCGGGUUGUUGUUGGUAGGAAACAAACAACCUACGAAAGU